UCAUACCGCGUUCCCCACGGUUUCAACCUUCAGCUUUCAUAAGGCUUAUCCCGAACUCUGCAACUCCUCCAGUAGCCAUGACGAGCAAGGUCUUGCCAAUUCAUCUCUACUCUUUAGACUCUUAUCCGAGAUUGAGAUUCCCGGAGCUUAAACCCUCCUUCCUUUCACUCAAAAUCCUACAAAUUCGUUGUGCUAAGAGGUCGGAACGGACUGGAAAGCAGAGAUACCCGUCAGAGAAAAAGAAGCUUAAGCUGAAGAAAAAAACCCUAGUUGAUAUCAAGAACAGAGAUGAAGGUUUCUGGAGGUUAUCUAAGCUGGGAGUUCCUGUUCACAAGGACCCGGGAAAAGAUUAUUUUGGUGUUUCCGAUGCUCUGCUUGAAGCCAUUGCUAAAGUUCUUGAAUUCCCGGUUUCUUCCAUGUUGCCGCCUGAAGCCUUUACUGUCGUUCGCAAAUCCUUUGAUGCAAGGAAGUUGGUAAAGGAACCCAAAUUUGUAUACACUGUGGACAUGGAUGCAAAGAAACUUCUGAAUUUGGAGCCCCGUACAUGGGACUUCAUUUCUCGGUUAGAACCUAAAGUUGGGCUUGUGGAAUAUAUGCCUCAUGAAAGAGUCCCUGAUGAUUUGAUCAGUAUGAUACGCAACUUUGAAAGGCACGAAAAAAUUGGAUCAACAGAAGGAGGAGAUGGAGUUCUUUCCAAAGGGUCUUCUAGGAUAGAAACUAGGAAAAAACCAAAAGUUGCAGUUGUGGGUAGCGGGCCAUCAGGGUUAUUUGCAUCUCUUGUGCUUGCAGAACUUGGGGCAGAUGUUACACUAAUAGAGAGAGGCCAAGCUGUUGAACAAAGAGGGCGUGACAUUGGAGCUCUAGUAGUUCGUCGGGUUUUGCAAUUGGAAAGCAACUUCUGCUUUGGAGAGGGUGGUGCAGGUACUUGGAGUGAUGGAAAGCUGGUAACUAGGAUUGGAAGGAACAGCAACAGUGUUCUGGCUGUUAUGAAAACCCUAGUUCGUUUUGGAGCUCCAGAAAAUAUCUUGGUUGAUGGGAAGCCUCACUUGGGAACAGAUAAGUUGGUUCCGUUACUGCGCAACUUCCGCAGACAUCUAGAAGAGCUUGGUGUUACCAUCAAAUUUGGGACAAGGGUUGAUGAUCUCCUUGUAGAUAGUGGACGAGUUAUGGGUGUCAAAGUUUCUGAUACAAGACAUGAAUUGCAUCAUGGUAGCAAGAACCUGGGAUGUGAUGCAGUUGUUCUAGCAGUUGGACACUCUGCACGUGAUAUAUAUCAAAUGCUUCUUUCUCAUGACGUACAUUUGGUCCCAAAAGACUUUUCUGUUGGUUUGCGUAUUGAGCAUCCUCAAGAAUUAAUAAACAACAUACAGUACUCUGCCUUGGCUACUGAAGUUCGCAAUGGACGUGGAAAGGUACCAGUUGCAGACUACAGAGUAGUCAAGUAUAUAAAUGAAGAGGAUGUGGAAACUUCCAGCAUUUCAGGGGAGACAAGUCGUAGUUGUUAUUCCUUCUGCAUGUGUCCAGGAGGGCAGGUUGUUCUUACUAGCACGAAUCCAUCAGAACUCUGCAUUAAUGGCAUGUCAUUUUCUCGACGUGCAUCCAGAUGGGCAAAUGCUGCUUUGGUUGUUACUGUCUCAGAAAAGGAUUUUGAGACGUUGGACUGCCAUGGACCUUUAUCUGGGGUUGAGUUUCAGAGAGAACUUGAACAUAGGGCAGCCACAAUGGGAGGAGGCAAUUUUGUUGUUCCUGUACAGAGAGUUACAGAAUUUAUGCAAAACAAGUUGUCAGUAACAUCUUUACCACCAUCAAGUUACCGGUUGGGAGUUAAGGCAGCGAAUCUCCAUGAAUUGUUCCCUUCUUAUAUAACAGAAGCUUUACAGCAUUCAAUUUCAAUGUUUGACAAAGAGCUGCCAGGUUUCAUCUGUGGAGAUGCACUUCUUCAUGGAGUUGAGACAAGGACCAGCUCUCCUGUUCAGAUUCCCCGAAGUGGUAGCACCUAUGAGAGUAUGUCAUUGAAAGGACUAUACCCAAUUGGAGAAGGUGCAGGUUAUGCUGGUGGGAUUGUAAGUGCUGCCGUUGAUGGCUUAUAUGCUGGUUUUUCCGUGGCAAAAGAUUUAAAUUUGUAUCAAGGAGGUAUAGAAUCAAUAUUAGGUGAGGCUCAGAGAAACAUGGGCUUUGUUAAGUACUAAAAGCCUCUCUCUCUCUCUCUCUCUCUUCCCGGCUGAAACAGGAUUAAUUAGGAUUAGAAGCUAGGAUCAUGGCUAAAAAGUUUGAAGAACAGGCACAAUUUUGACAGUAUAUGUACUGAUCACCAACUUAUUAGAGAAGAAAUCCAAAGAAGAGAAAUACGAGGGAUCCUUUUUUUUAUCUUCGUUUUGGUUGUCCCCCAAUGUGGAUGUUGUCAUAUUAUAUAUUUGCUUCUCACAUUGGAUGUGCAAAGAACACAGAUAUAUAUUAGUCUCCUCUUGGUUCUAUGUGUA